GGGAAGCGCGUGCCGGGGAGCGAUUUCAGUGCGGGACCCGCAAUGGCGGCGCUCGGCGGUCGCAGUAACUCUGCUGACAAUUUAAGUGAUAAAAAUAAGUCUCCCCAAGUGACGGCGCAGAAAGUACGACAGCUUCUCAACGAAGGCGUCGCGUCUGAGGACAGCAAGCGAAAUGCAGAGGCGGAACAGGAAGGAGAAGCAGUGGCUCCAAACGGGGUCACACAAAUACCCUGCGAAGCAGUGAGCAAGGAAGCCUUCUUUUUAAGGGUGGAGUCAUAUUCAUGUCUGAAAUGGGCAGGGAAGCCCACCCUUCUCUCGCCCCUGAGGUGUGCGCAGUACGGCUGGGUGAAUGUCGACUGCGACAUGCUGAAGUGCUCCAGCUGCCAGGCCUUCCUCUGUGUGUCACUUCAGCCCACCCUGGACGUUGAAAAAUAUGAUGAGCGCCUUCGCGAGCUGAACACACUCCUACAGACACAACAUGAAAAGUUCUGCUUCUGGCCUGACUUCCCAUGUCCCGAGCGCUUCUGGACCAUCCCGAUCCGUGAGCCCGACGUGCUCCUGAGCGCCUUCGUGGACCGGUACCGAAACUCCUGUCUGCUGGAGCAGCGGCUGCCAGCCAUGAGGCCCGAGGAUCUCAAAGCCGUGUCCCUGACAGAGGAUGCCAUCAGUGUGCUGCUGCAGCUGCUGGAGGACGAGUUGGCGCGGGAAGGCCGCCCCACUGCCCCGCUACCAGCGGAGCCUGUCUCCGUGCAGGUGGCCGCCUGCAUCGUAGCGCUGUGUGGCUGGGCUGCCAGCCCAUCCCUGACCUCCCUGCACCUUCCCGCCCUCACCUGCUCCUACUGCCUCCGCAAGGUGGGGCUCUGGAGCUUCCACCAGGUGGAGGGCCUGCCUAGGGAUGCCGACACCUCCCCGGAGGUCCCCAGCACACCCACGCUGGGCCAGGAUGUGCAUCCGGCUGCCUUGCCCACACCGUGCCGCAUGAAGCUGCGCAGUCAGGACGCAGUGCGCUCCCACGGCUCUGAACAGAUGGAGCUGAGUCCCUCUCCCGUGUGGGGUCGAGCGCGUAGCAGGGAGUCCCCGAGUCCCACCGAGGAGUUGCCAAGUCCGCAGCAGAGGGGCAAACGUCCUGUGACCCGGAGCCAAGGGCAAGGUGAAGCAGUGAUGGCAGAGGUGCCCUCCAGCCCCCAGCGCAAAGCCAAGCAACCUCGCCUCUCUUCCGGCAGCAUGGAAGCCCCUUUGCACAGGGGUGUGUUUGACCCAGUAGGCCAACACCGAGACUGGUGCCCUUGGGUGACUGUAGUGAGUGGGGACACUCAUGGGGAGACGCAGCUCACUAAGCCACAGGCCCUGCUCGCUGAAGCAGAGCACCCCCUGCAGGCCUGGAAGGCUGCACUGCACCUUUUCUUAUCCAUGAAGAAACCUGACAGUACAGCAGAGUCCAGCAUCUCUCAGGGCCUUCAUGACAAGUCCAAGAGGGUCUUCAGCAUUUUCCGUCAGUGGCAGCUGUCCUCCGCUCACUAGUCUGUUCUUUAGUGUAACAUUUUGUUACGAUUCUUUCUUUUUCUUUUUGUCAUGUGGUCUGAACUUGGAGCCCAGGCUGUAUCUUUUGGCUUCCAAUACUUCUUUUACGCCUCAGGUGAGCUUAUUGUGUGCGUAUGUAUGUGUGUCUGUGCGUAUGUGUGUGUGUCUCUCAAGGUAAGGGAAAUUUCUGUGGUGUAAAUCACCUUGGAGGUGACUCUAAGGGGGUGAGGGCAAGCCUGUAUGAAAAGGGUUAGGAUCAGUCACACACAAGCUCUGAACGCUGCAACUGGACCUGUGACUGCAGCCGAAGGCAAACAUGAGCCUCAGCACAGCGCUGAUUAGUCAGCAGCUCCGGGACCCAGGACCCAGUCGUCCGUCCUGUUAAAGCACCCGGCAUGGGUUGGAGUGUGGGAGGAGCUUGUCUUUCUGGGACUUUUUUUUUUUAUAUAUACCUGGAUGCACCAAUAAGAGAGUGUACAACUUUUACAGAGAGAAGGAAAUAUGAGCAGUGACUCCAAAAAUCACCUGUUUUGGUUACAGACUGGAGCCAACGGGCUGAACUGGAAGUUCUGCACAUAUUGCGGUGUGGGCAGAAAUCCAAAACACGGGUGAUCAACCAAUCAUGUAUGGUGUAGAGAUCCAUAUGUAAACUUCUGUUUACACACUAGAGUGUGGAACAGCUGUUUGAACUGUGUGGGGCGGUUCUCCUGUUGACUUGAAAUGUAUGUGCCUGAGAAAUUUUGAGCUAAGAAUUAUAUGACAUAGAAUUAAGAAGAAAUGUCAAAAUCUCCUUCCAAGUGUUACUUUUCUCUCCCCCUUCCCCUGCCUUCUGAAAUUUGAAUAGAUGUCUUGAAAGGGCACGUAGUUCUUAUUUUAAUAAAACUUUUAGUGAAAAGUUA